AUGAUGGACAACCACUGGCGCAUCCGCCAGAGGGUCGUCGAGCAAACGCCCAAGCUGGCGAAGCUUUUCGGCGUCGAGAUGUUUCAAUCGAAACUCGAGGCCUUCUACUUGUCCAGCUUCCGCGACUCCGUCCACUCUGUGCGAGAAGCCGCGAUCCAACACUUGAAGGAGAUCGUCGACACUUUCGGGUCGCAGUGGACCGUGGAGCACUUGCUGCCGAAGCUGGUGGAGCAGUACUCCCAGAGCGCAGGCUACGCGAACCGGCUCACCACGCUUCACGUGCUCCUGCAGGUCUCUGGCGUGAUGACGCCCGACCAGUGCAUGCAAUUCAUCAUCCCUGUGCUGAUAAAAGCCACCAAGGAUGGCGUUCCCAACGUCCGCUUCGCCGCAUGCCGGAACAUCAUGUGGAUGAUGGAGAACCACAAUCUCGGAACGGUGGCGCUCAACACGGUGAUCAAGCCUGCGCUCAUGGAGCUCGAGCAGGACUCCGACAUUGACGUGCAGUACUACGCGCAGCGAGCCAUCGCGGCUUGUCGGUAG